AUGAAGUCAAGUUGCGUCCUAGAAGCAAAGUCCAUCCUAGCGCCACUUAUCCUUGAAAUGAAGAAAAGCCUUGAAGAAGGGAAUAUCGACAAAAUAGCAGCGUUUUAUGACCCGGAUGCUGUUUUUAUUGAAAUUGGAAAAAGCGGAGUUUGGGGGAAAGAAAUCAAGCCAAAAUUGAUGGAAUGGGACCAACGUUUGGGGAAAACGACAUACAAGCCCACAGAGGAGAAGUACGAAAUGGCUGGCGAUUACAUUAUCAUCACUAUGAAUGUUGACGUCAAAAGUGAAAAGAUGGGUGACAUCAAGAUGAAAACAGCGCAAAUAUGGCGGAAAUCCAAUAACACUUACUUGAUUAUGCAUGACGAGUUCGCAGUUUUAUGA